UGACGAAGAAACGUAUCAGGAAGAGGAGUAUGAUAAACAGCCAUGGCCGCACGGUGGUAGCGGACUGAAAGCAGUAUGGAGAGCCCGGAGUUAAGUUUUACGUUGGCCUACAUCGUCUUCUGUUUGUGCUUCGUGUUUACGCCCAAUGAGUUCCGCUCGGCCGGCCUGACCAUCCAGAACCUGUUUUCGUCCUGGCUGGGGAGCGAGGAUGUGGGGUUCGUGCAGUACCACGUCCGGAGGACCAGCGUCACCGUGCUGGUCCACUCUGUGCUGCCUUUAGGUUACUACAUGGGGAUGUGUAUCGCUGCUCCAGAGAAAAACCUGGGAUACAUUCACCAGGUGAGUGACAGCUGGAGAGCAUUUCUCGUCCUCUCUCUCUGCCUCCAAUUGGCCAGCUGGACCCUCGUCAUCUACUGGUCCCGGCAUCACUGGCACAACCACCCAAUCAGCCGGUCCCUGCAAGCCCACGUGCAGCCGCCUCACUCCAGCUGGGGCCAAGUGGCAGCCAACAUCAACACUGAGUUCCGACGCAUUGAUAAGUUUGCAACAGGGGCACCAGGAGCCAGAGUUAUUGUUACUGACACCUGGGUGUUAAAAGUGACCACCUAUCACGUCUACAUGGCCUUACAGAGAGACUGUCACGUGACAGUGACGGAGUCCAGGCAGCACCAGCUGAAUCCAGACUCUGCCUCACCUGCACAGAUCUUGACCCUAAGGGUGGAGAGCAUCAACCCUGCUGUCAGACCCUUUGACAUCAGACUCAACUCGACAGAAUAUGCUGAGCUCAGGGAGAAGCUGCGUGCUCCCAUCAGAAACUCUGCUAAUGUAGUGAUCCACCAAACCAUCAGCGAACUCUUCCUGGAAACAUUCAGAGCUCAGGUGGACCUCAAUCAGCCGUACAGGCUCCCCAGUGGACAGGAGCUGGAGCCCUGUAUCGGCUGUAUGCAGGUUCCAGCAAACACCAAGCUGGUCAGACUGUGCCACACAGAGGGAGCUGAUAACGAGUCCGACUGCCAGCAGUGUUUCUGCAGACCCAUGUGGUGUCUGUCCUGUCUGGGUCGAUGGUUCGCCAGCCGCCAGGAUCAGCAAAGACCUGAGACCUGGUUGUCCAGCAAAGUCCCCUGCCCCACCUGUAGAGCCACGUUCUGUAUACUGGAUGUCUGUGUGGUUCGCUGACAGGACUCGCACACAGAUCCAAACAGACUUUUUCCUCCAAAAAAAAAAAAAAAAACUUUCAUCAGCAGACCUGUGGAAGAGAAGGAGUGGACAGGACUGGUCUGGACUCUAUUAUGUAUCUGUUAUGAUCAUUUAGAGUAAGGAUAGAACACUAUAAAUAUUUGGUAUGAAGUGCAAUGAGCAGUGUGACUCUUUGUUUUACCCACAGUCAGAU